AUGGCAUUUUAUAAACAAGAUAGCCAGGAAGACGCACGAGAGUGUCCGGUGUGUUAUGAGAGUCUGUCUGGCACUGAGAGGACUCUGAGCUGCGGGCAUGUUUUCUGCCACGACUGUCUGGUCAAGACGCUGGUCAGCAUCAACAGCGAUGGAAACAUCAGAGACACUAUUGCUUGUCCUAUCUGCAGACAUCUCACAUUCAUCAGGAAACAGAAGGAAGCGCUGGUGUCCCUCACAACAGACAAGGAUCAAGAUGAGGGGCAGACGCUGGAAGUGCCUAUCCGUCUGCCGCCCGAGCAACUCCAGAGCGUACCACGCGAGGACCCUUUACCCAGGGGGGUUAACUGGGCCGCUCACUGCUUCAGGUGGGUGUCUGAACGAGUCCGUCGGCAGACUCUGAUCAGACCCAGCCACAAAGCGUCUCAGAUCUUUAUCAUAAGCGCUCAAGGGCGACCCAUGGCUGAGGAAGAUGCCCUCAGUGUUGUGAUGACUGUGGUUCAGCCUCAGCGCAGGAGAAGGCGCAGGAUUUGCACAACUGCUCGAUGCUUGGUCGUUCUACUGACAGCAUUUACUUUACUGGCACUUGUAGCAGCAACUUUACCCUGGAUUUUAUUGGCAUAG